AAGCGGAGGGUGAAUUUGUUUGAGCACACGCUGUCAGGAUGAGCUGAUGUGAGCGCUGCAUCAAGUGCGCGGUGGUGAUGCUCCCGUGUUAAACAGCCCGCUGUAUUUUGGCACAGAGGGGGAUGCAUCAGUUUAACCCUCGGCUCUACCCUCCGGACUCGCCCAUACAGUGUUCAGCCUAGAUAAGUUGAGGGGAUGUGUGAUCCUAUUGUGAGGAAUCCUGCCGCACGAUAUUCCUGAGGAUCUCUCUCUGUUCGUUUUUUUCAUCAACUUCGAUGGCUUGAGUGGCCCAUUUGCACUCAUGCUUACAGCCGAGGAGGGAUGUAAGGUACGGGCCAUCUACCGCCCUCACAUUGCACGGAGUAGCGGCGUGAUUCAGGUCGCUAUCUGAGUGCUAAUAAGAAAAAAAACUACUUUCGAGAUGUGAAUUGUCGAGAUUUGCUACUCAUUCCACCGGCUCGCCUGUCCUAUGCUAUCGACAACGGGAUUUCAAGAGGAAAAUGAUUGUGGCAUAAACUAUUUCUGGAGUAGAUUGUCACAGAUAUCGCCGCUGAACUGGACAGGGUGGAUGGUUAUUUCCCAAACAGUUCAAGCCUAUGUAUACUGCAUUCAUUUAUUGGAAUCGCUGCCUAUUAUCUUCGAGAACAGCGCAAGAGGAAUGCUGGUCCAAGAUCUAAUGCCAUUUACUUUAAGUUUUUGGCCUUUUUUCUUCGGUCAUUGCUUUCUCUCACUGUUUUUGCUCUCAUGCCAGGGAGAACUCCAGAGGUCAUGCUCACGGACUGUGGCGGAGAAAGUUAGUGAACAGUGCCAGCUGCCAUGCCACUGUAGAAGAUACCCUCCCCUUCCUCCUCCACCGCCUCCACCACCUCCCCCACGGCUACUGGGCACCACAGUGGCAGAGCCCAUGGUGCCCUUGUUGAGGCCCUGGUGGAUGGAGAUGGACAUUGUAGUGCUUGGAACGGUGGGUUGUGCCUCGGUUGUCUUCCUCCUCUCAGCCAUCAUCAUCUGCUACAAGGCCAUCAAAAGGAAACCACUACGAAAAGAAGAGAACGGGACAAGUCGCGGGGAAUAUGCCAUGAGCAUCCGUAACAAGAAGGCCAUGGUUACAAACAACACUGUAGUAUAGACUGUCUCCUGGUAGACGCAGGAAGUGACAUCAACAUUACGAUCUCUCACCUUACACCCCCCCCCCC